AUGGUCAUUCUGCAGCAGGGGGACUAUGUGUGGCUGGACCUUAAAACGGGCCGAGAGUUUGACGUCCCCGUGGGAGCCGUGGUCAAACUGUGCGACUCUGGUCAGAUCCAGGUUCUGGAUGAUGAAGGCAGGGAACACUGGAUUUCCCCUCAGAAUGCCACCAACAUCAAACCCAUGCACCCGACCUCCAUCCACGGGGUGGAGGACAUGAUCCGCCUGGGCGACCUCAACGAAGCCGGCAUCCUCCGCAACCUGCUCAUCCGCUACAACGAGCACGUCAUCUACACAUAUACAGGCUCAAUCCUGGUUGCAGUCAAUCCCUACCAGCUGCUCCCCAUCUAUACUCCAGACCAGAUCCGCCUCUACACCAAUAAGAAGAUUGGCGAGCUGCCGCCGCACAUAUUCGCCAUAGCAGACAACUGUUACUUCAACAUGCAGCGGAACAACAAGGACCAGUGCUGCAUCAUCAGCGGUGAGUCCGGAGCUGGGAAGACGGAGAGCACGAAGCUGAUUCUGCAGUUCCUGGCGGCCAUCAGUGGUCAACACUCCUGGAUAGAGCAGCAAGUCCUGGAGGCCACGCCCAUCCUGGAAGCCUUUGGCAACGCCAAGACCAUCCGCAACGACAACUCCAGUCGCUUUGGGAAGUAUAUCGACAUCCACUUCAACAAGCGAGGGGCCAUCGAAGGAGCCAAGAUAGAGCAGUACCUGCUGGAGAAGUCCCGUGUGUGUCGACAGGCUUCAGAUGAGAGGAACUACCAUGUGUUUUACUGUAUGCUGAAGGGGAUGGCCCCGGAGAUGAAGGCCAAGCUGGGCCUCGGCCUUGCCACAGACUACUCCUACCUCACCAUGGGUAACUGCACGGCGUGCGACGGUCGUGACGAUCUGAGGGAUUACUCCAGCAUCCUAUCAGCCAUGAAGGUCCUCAUGUUCACGGAGACUGAGAGCUGGGAGAUCUCCAAGCUGCUGGCUGCCAUCCUGCACAUGGGCAACCUGCGCUUCGAGGCUCGUACGUAUGACAACCUGGACGCCUGUGUGGUUGUGAGAUCUCCUGACCUGGUCACUGCUGCUUCACUCAUGGAGGUGGAGCCCAAGGACGUGAUGGUGUGUUUGACCACACGAACCCUGAUCACACGCGGUGAAAGUGUCGCCACGCCUCUCAGUGUGGAACAAGGCCUGGAUGUCAGGGACGCCUUCGUAAAGGGGAUCUACGGGCGGCUGUUCGUCUGGAUUGUGGAUAAGAUCAACGCGGCCAUAUUCAGACCACCUUCCUGCGAGAGCAACCUCAUUCGCAGGUCGAUCGGGUUGUUGGACAUCUUCGGUUUCGAGAACUUCAUCGUCAACAGUUUCGAACAGCUUUGCAUCAACUUCGCCAACGAGAACCUGCAGCAGUUCUUUGUUCGCCACGUCUUCAAACUGGAGCAGGAGGAGUACAACCUGGAGGACAUCAGCUGGCAGCACAUCGAGUUCACCGACAACCAGGACGCCCUGGACAUGAUCGCCAACAAACCCAUGAACAUCAUCUCCCUCAUUGACGAAGAGAGCAAGUUCCCUAAGGGAACUGAUGCUACAAUGCUGUAUAAGCUCAACUCACAGCACAAGCUCAACUCCAACUACAUCCGUCCUAAAAACAGCUACGAAACCCAGUUUGGUAUCCAACACUUUGCUGGCGUGGUGCAUUACGAGACCAGAGGGUUCCUGGAGAAAAACCGCGACAGCCUCCACACCGACAUCAUCCAGCUCGUCCACUCGUCCAAGAACAAGUUCAUCAAGCAGAUCUUCCAGGCUGACGUCGCCAUGGGCGUCGAGACGAGGAAGCGCUCUCCGACUCUGAGCAGUCAGUUCAAACGUUCCCUGGAGAUGCUGAUGAGGACGCUCAGUGUGUGUCAGCCGUUCUUCGUUCGCUGUAUAAAACCCAACGAGCUCAAAAAACCUCUGUUAUUCGACAGAGCGCUGUGUGUCCGUCAGCUGCGAUACUCCGGCAUGAUGGAGACCAUCAGGAUCAGGCGGGCCGGUUAUCCCAUCAGAUACACGUUUGCCGAGUUUGUGGAGCGUUACCGAGUACUCAUGCCUGGCAUCAAACCUGCUCACAUACAGGAAGACCUACGAGGGACCUGCCGGCAGAUAGUCCUGGCCCGGCUGGGGAAACACGACGACUGGCAGAUUGGAAAGACCAAGAUCUUCCUAAAGGAUCACCACGACAUGCAGCUGGAGAUCGAGAGGGACAAGGCCAUUACUGACAAGGUCAUCCUCAUCCAGAAGGCUGUGCGUGGACUUAAAGAGAGGACUAACUUCCUCAGACUGAAGAGUGCUGUGAUUGUUAUCCAGAAGGCCUGGAGAGGUUAUCGAUGCAGGAAGAAUUACCAAAUUAUGCAGUCUGGCUUCUUGCGCCUGCAGGCUGUCUACAGGUCGAGGAAGCACUACAGAAGCUACCGGACGACUCGCCUCCGCGUUACUCUCAUGCAAGCCCGUUGUCGUGGCUUCCUCAUCCGGCGGACAUUUUGGCGCCGUCUCCGUGCCGUGUUGACCCUUCAGGCCUACACCAGGGGCAUGAUAGCCAGACGCCUCUGCCAGAGGCUCAGGGCAGAGCUGCAGCAUCGCCAGGAAGCCGAGCGCCAGCGCCUGGCUGAGGAGGAGCAGCUGCGAAACCAGAUGACGGCUCGGCGGGCCAAGCUGGAGGCCGAGAGGAAACACCAGGAGAGGCUCAUCCAACUGGCCCAGCAGCAGGAGGAGAGGGAUAGGGAGGAGAAGGAGGAGGCGAGGAGGAAGAAGGAGCUGCUGGAGCAGAUGGAGAGGGAGAAGGAGCAGCCCGUGGAUCACUCGGAUAUGGUCGACCGCAUGUUUGGUUUCCUGGGGAACUCGGGGCCGUUGCCCAACCAGGACGGACAAGCACCAGCUGGGUUUGAAGACUUGGAGAACACUCCUCACGGCGAGGAAGCCGAAGAAGAGGUGAUGAACGAAGCUCCGCCGUUGCCUGACGAGGAGGAUGAGGAUUUGUCCGAGUACAAGUUCUCCAAGUUUGCGGCCACUUACUUCCAGGGUGUUUCCACUCACACGUACAUCAGACGACCUCUAAAACAACCGUUACUGUUCCACGAGGACGAAGGAGACCAGCUGGCUGCGUUAGCCGUGUGGAUCACCGUGUUGAGGUUCAUGGGAGACCUCCCGGAGCCAAAAUGCCAGCUGGUCAUCAACGACGGCAGCGAGAAGAUCCCGGUCAUGACCAAGAUCUACGAAACCCUCGGCAAGAGGACCUACAAGAGGGAGCUGCAGGAACUGCAGGUGGAGGGAGAGAACAGCUCCAUAGAAAGCCAGAAGAGGAACAGCGUCAGACAUAAACUUGUGUCUCUCACCCUGAAGAGGAAAUCAAAGAUCACUGAGGAGGUGACCAGGCGGUUGACAGAGGUUGACUACGGGCUCCAGGGCAACAGCAUGCUGGAGGACCGACCCACCUCCAACCUGGAGAAACUUCACUUCAUCAUCGGCAACGGCAUCUUACGGCCCGCUCUCAGGGAUGAAAUCUACUGUCAGAUCUGCAAACAGCUCACUCAGAAUCCGUCCAAGAGCAGCCACGCUCGAGGGUGGAUCCUGCUGUCGCUCUGCGUCGGCUGCUUCGCCCCCUCUGAGAAGUUUGUCAAAUAUUUAAGGACAUUUCUAAUCAACGGUCCCCCUGGUUAUGCUCCAUAUUGCGAGGAAAGAUUGAGGAGGACAUUUGUGAACCGCACAAGAACCCAGCCGCCGUCUUGGUUGGAAUUACAGGCCACUAAAUCCAAGAAGCCGAUCAUGCUUCCGGUAACGUUCAUGGACGGCACCACCAAGACUCUCCUGGCGGACUCGGCCACCACCGCCAGUGAGCUCUGCAACGCUCUAGCGGAAAAGAUCAACCUGAGAGAUCGCUUCGGCUUCUCGCUGUACAUCGCCCUGUUCGACAAGGUGUCGUCGCUGGGCAGUGGGAGCGACCACGUCAUGGACGCCGUCUCCCAGUGCGAGCAGUACGCGAAGGAACAGGGCGCCCAGGAGAGGAACGCCCCCUGGAGGUUGUUCUUCAGGAAGGAGAUCUUCAACCCCUGGCACAACCCAGCCGAGGACUACGUCGCCACCAACCUCAUCUACCAGCAGAUCGUCCGAGGGGUGAAAUUCGGAGAGUACCGCUGCGAGAGGGAGGAGGACCUGGCGGAGCUGGCCUCUCAGCAGUACUACGUGGAUUACGGCAGCGAGAUCCUCCAAGAUCGCCUCCUCAGCCUCAUCCCGUCAUACAUCCCCGAUAGAGAAAUCACCUCAACGAAGACUGCAGAGAAAUGGGUUCAGCUCAUCGUCAGCGCCCAUAAAAAGGGAUUACACACUAAAAGGAGGCUGAACACACAGAAGGUGAAGGAGGACGUGGUGGAUUUUGCUCGUUUAAAGUGGCCUUUACUCUUCUCGCGCUUCUACGAGGCCUUCAAAUUCUCAGGACCUAGUCUGCCCAAGAAUGACGUGAUCGUGGCGGUGAACUGGACCGGUGUUUACUUUGUGGACGAACAGGAGCAGGUCCUUCUGGAGCUCUCCUUCCCAGAGAUCACGGCUGUGUCCAGUAGCAGGAUUUAUCCUGCCCCCGGCUCAACUGUCACCCUAAGUCGUCACUGCGGUCCUGGUGAUGGUGGGCAGCACACGGUAGACGGCAGCUCGGCGGAAGUCGCCCCUCUGUUGGUCCUGUCCGUCCUGAACGCCGUGACGCCCAGCCAGAAGUUCAAUCACGUGCCUCGCCGUCGGGUUGGGACCCAGCCAGCAGUCGCCACCGCAUACCUGGACUUCUCGUCCAGACCCUCGAGAAACGGCGACCGACCAGAUCGCGGAUGUCCUCUGCGUGUUGGAGCGGAUGAAACCGUGUACUUCCCGCUCUCCUUGAUGGUGGCCAAAGUUGAAACUCUGGCCCUGCGUUUCCCCCUCCAUGGAAGAUCAAAGCCUCCUCCUAAGAGCACUCUGAGCAGGGUGAUGAUCUCUAAGUCCCGGGGGAAGGAGCGUCUGUGGAGCUGCACCAGGGAGCCCCUCAAACAGCCGCUGCUGAAGAAGGUCCUGGCCCACGAGGAGCUCUCCCAGGAGGCCUGCCUGGCAUUCUUGGCCGUGAUGAAGUAUAUGGGCGACUACCCGUCCAAACGGUACAGUGAGGAGAAGGGCUGGGAGCUGCUGUGGCUCUGCACUGGUUUGUUUCCUCCCAGUAACAUCCUGCUGCCUCACGUCCAGAAGUUCCUCCAGGCCAAGAAACACUAUCCGCUGGCUCCAGACUGCAUGCAGCGGCUACAGAAAGCCUUACGAAAUGGAUCCAGGAAGUAUCCUCCUCACCUGGUGGAGGUAGAGGCCAUCCAGCACAAAACCACUCAGAUCUUCCACAAAGUUUACUUCCCCGACGACUCAGACGAGGUGUUUGAAGUGGAGUCGAGCACGAAGGCCAAAGACUUCUGCCACAACAUCUCCGGACGUCUUCUGCUCAAAUCCUCCGAAGGCUUCAGUCUGUUUGUGAAGAUCACCGACAAGGUCAUCAGUGUGCCCGAUGGCGACUUCUUCUUCGACUUUGUGAGGCACCUGACCGACUGGAUCAAGAAAGCCAGACAUGUGAAAGAUGGUGUAGUGCCUUCACUGACGUAUCAGGUGUUCUUCAUGAAGAAGCUGUGGACUAACACCGUGCCAGGAAAAGACACCAUGGCCGACUCCACCUUCCACUACUACCAAGAGCUGCCAAAGUACCUGCGAGGCUACCACAAGUGUCCGAGGGAGGAGGUGCACCAGUUGGCGGCGCUGAUCUACAGGGUGAAGUUUGAGGACGACAAAUCCCACUUCCACAACAUUACCAAGGUCCUGAAGGAGCUCGUCCCUCAGGACCAGAUCAGACAUCUGUCCCCCGACGACUGGAAGAGGUCCAUCAUGUCGCUGUUCAACAAACACUCGGGAAAGACUCGAGAAGAAGCCAAACUCUCCUUCCUCAAAAUCAUUUACAAGUGGCCCACGUUUGGUUCCGCCUUUUUUGAAGUCAAGCAAACAACUGAUCCAAAUUACCCAGAAACCCUCCUGAUAGCAAUCAACAAACAUGGAGUCAGUCUCAUUGAUCCCAAAUCUAAGGACAUUCUCACCACUCACCCCUUCACCAAGAUCUCCAACUGGAGCAGCGGCAACACGUACUUCCACAUCACCAUCGGAAACCUGGUCCGAGGCAGCAAACUGCUGUGUGAAACCUCACUGGGCUAUAAAAUGGACGACCUCCUGACCUCUUACAUCAGCCAGAUGCUGACGACCAUGACCAAACAGCGAACCUCCCGGGGCAACAGCAAGUGAGCGGACGGCUGGAAACUCAUCGAUUACAAUCAAUAUGUUAAUCCUGCUUGCUCACACACACAC